AAAGAAACAAUGUCAUUAGAAGAGGCGUAACACGUCAGUCCGUCCCCAGGUUUGUUUCCUGGAGUGUCUGAAAGAGAUCAGUCCUAACCUGCCCUAGCAGGAAUAACGGUCCUUCUCGAACCACUAUUUCUAAGGCUUUAUUAUCAUUGCAAGGAUCCCUGCACAUUUCUCUCCACAAUUGCUUACCGCUGCAGUCUCGUGUUAUCACUACAACCGAAGUCAACCGAAAAGAUACUACUAUAGGAAAUCAGAUAUUGAGCCUGCGUGCCGCUGCUGCUGCUGCUGCUGAUUCAAGGAGUCGAGUCCAUGCGAGCUGCCAUCUGAUCCACUCUUAUCAAUGAAGCACGAGAUCAUGGCGGAUGGCCCCAGGUGUAAGAGGCGAAAACAAGCCAAUCCAAGAAGGAAAAACGAAGCAGCGUUGAAUUACGAGAAUGUGAUGGAUACUGGUUCAGAGACAGAGGAUGAGGACAAGCUGUUGGUAUCGGAGGAGGACGGCCUACUGAACGGGGUGGGCAGCCCUGCCAGCCUGAACAACCACGACGAUGGAUCCCCGAGGGUGGGCCACGCCCUGAUGACAAAGGAGGAUGAGGACGAUGACAUGAGGGACAGCGGAGUAGACCAUGUCUGGCAUGACAACGACAUGCUGCACGCCUCAGUCGACGGCACUGAUGAAAUUAAAGAUGAUUAUGACACUAUGGGGCCUGACGCCACUCUUCAGACGGUUGGAAACGGUACAGUUAAGAAUGUUGUUGAUUGCACUUCCGAGUUUGAGGAGUUCUUCGCCAAGCGUAGCAAGCUCCAGGAGGAGAGCCACGUGGUCAGCAUCGCUGAGUACCUGCAGCGGGGCGACACUGCCAUCAUUUACCCAGAAGCACCCGAGGGAGAGGAGCUGUCCCGUAUGGGCACGCCCGAAGCGUCUGAAACAAACGGCCAGGAGGAAAAUGACAUGCCACCUGGAACUCCAGAUGCUUUCGCCCAACUGUUGACCUGCCCCUACUGCGACCGGGGUUACAAGCGCUUGACAUCGCUCAAGGAGCACAUCAAGUACCGCCACGAGAAGAACGAGGAGAACUUUGCCUGCCCCCUGUGUAACUACACGUUUGCUUACCGCACUCAGCUUGAGCGACAUAUGGCCACGCACAAGCCCGGCAGAGAUCAGCACCAACUGCUGAACCAGGGGGCUGGCAACCGCAAGUUCAAAUGCACAGAAUGUGGCAAGGCCUUCAAAUACAAGCACCAUCUGAAGGAACACCUGCGGAUUCACAGUGGUGAGAAGCCAUACGAAUGCCCAAACUGCAAGAAGCGCUUCUCCCACUCAGGCUCCUACAGCUCACACAUCAGCAGCAAGAAGUGCAUCGGCCUUAUAGCAGUCAACGGGAGGAUGCGCAACAACAUGAAGACAGGCUCUUCUCCUACAUCAGCCUCGUCCUCCCCCACUAACACCGCCAUCACCCAGCUGAGACACAAGCUAGAGAACGGAAACGGAAACGGCAAGCCCCUGGGCCACCAUCAGGACCAGAACAACCACCACCUGAACAUCAAAACAGAACCACUCGACUUCAACGACUACAAACUCAUGAUGGCCUCCCAUGGCUUCGGCGCGCCUGGGCCCUUCAUGAACGGAGGGAUGGGGGGAAAUAGCAGCCCGCUAGGGAUCCACUGCUCAGCCCGGAGCCCCAUGCAGCACCUGGGGGUGGGGAUCGAACAACAGCUCCUUGGUUACCCGUCCCUGAGCAACAACCUGAGCGAGGUCCAAAAGGUGCUCCAGAUCGUGGACAACACUGUGUGCAGGCAGAAGAUGGACUGCAAACCGGAGGAGAUCUCCAGGCUCAAGGCUUACAUGAAGGAGCUCGGGAACCAGAUCGAGGAGCAGAAACAGGGACUGACGUCACAGGGGGGUCACCAGGUCGGUCUGCCAGUCGUCAGCCAUAAUGGUGCCACUAAAAGCAUCAUCGACUACACAUUAGAAAAAGUGAACGAAGCCAAAGCUUGUCUCCAGAGCUUGACCACGGACUCAAAGAGGCAAAUUAGCACUAUCAAACGCGAGAAAUCCAACCACAUGCUAGAUUUAGGUACAGAGGAUAAGAUGCAUGAGAACAACAUUAUGUUUACACCCUUUUCUUGCCAAUACUGCAAAGAAGCCUUCCCAGGUCCAAUUCCCUUGCAUCAGCAUGAACGUUACCUGUGUAAAAUGAAUGAGGAGAUCAAGACAGUUCUCCAGACUAGCGAGAACCUUAUGCCCACAAAACAGGGGAUGUUUACGGAGAAGCAUGCCCUCCUGCUCUCGUCCAUGCUGUCUGAGAAAAGCCUCAUCAACCCGUACAAGGACCACAUGUCAGUGCUCAAGGCCUACUUCGCUAUGAACAUGGAGCCCAAUUCAGAGGAACUACUGAAGAUCUCCAUAGCGGUCGGCCUUCCUCAGGAAUUCGUCAAAGAGUGGUUCGAACAGAGGAAAGUCUUCCAGUACGGCACCCCAAGAACUCCACCACUAGAACAACGAAGGAACAACCAUGCAGAUAUGGUUCUAGCAAACAACCACAACCACACUCCCACUAAAGACUCAAUGGCAGCUAGAUCCCCAGUGUCCCUGAUCAAGUGUAAUGACCGUGACCGCAACCGUGACCACCAUAUCAUGUCCCCCUCCAUUGCAGAGCUCCAUAACAACGUCAACAACUGUGAGAACCAACUCAGACUCAUGAAAGCCAACACGUUCAGUGGACACACCAAACACAUGGGUGACCACUCCAAAAUGGACCACCUCUCAAGGAGCAGCACACCUUCUCCUUUGAACCUUUCCUCCACAUCUUCCAAAAACUCCCAGAGUAGCUCUUAUACUCCAAACAGCCUGAUGUCUGAGGACCUGAACCUCAACAUGAACCUGUCUGAACAACCACUGGACCUGUCACUGCCAAAGCUCAUGAAGGAGCCCAAACACGCCAUGACCGUGAAGAGCAGACCUAAACUAAACGGUAUUAACCACCAUGACCACUCCAGUGCUCCCUCCCCACGAGAACACUUCGAAGAGCCACUUAACCUGGCCUAUCUCAAGAAGGAGUUUGAAGGCAGAGGCCAGAACCACCUCAAUGGAGACUUCAACAAAAGUACCAGCCCCUUGUUCGGGAUGAAUCCCUUCGGUGCCAAACCUAUGUACACGUCGCUUCCGCAACAGACCGCGUUCCCACCUGCCACCUUCAUGUCUCCGAUGCAGGCCAGCAUGCCUGGGCUGAGGCCGUACCCAGGGCUGGAUCAGAUGAGCUUCCUACCACACAUGGCCUACACUUAUGCAACAGGAGCAGCUACCUUUGCUGAGAUGCAGCAGCAGCAGAGGAGAAAAUACCAGCGAAAGCCUGGUUUCCAGGGGGAGCUGCUCGACGGAACAGCCGAUUACAUGUCAGGACUGGAUGACAUGACCGAUUCAGACUCCUGUCUGUCCCGGAAGAAGAUUAAGAAGACAGAAAGUGGUAUGUACGCGUGUGACUUGUGCGACAAAACAUUCCAGAAGAGCAGUUCCCUCCUAAGACACAAAUAUGAACACACAGGUAAACGGCCACACCAGUGUCAAAUCUGCAAGAAGGCAUUCAAACACAAGCAUCACCUUAUAGAACAUUCACGACUGCACUCGGGCGAGAAACCGUACCAGUGUGACAAGUGCGGUAAGCGCUUCUCUCACUCCGGCUCUUACUCCCAGCACAUGAACCACCGCUACUCUUACUGCAAGAGGGAGGCCGAGGAGAGGGAAGCGGCCGAGAGAGAGGCCCGGGAGAAGGGCCACCUAGAGCCCACAGAGCUACUAUUGAGCCGGGCCUACUUACAGGGCAUGACUCCUCAGGGCUACCCCGACCUGGAGGACCGCGAGGGCAUUCUGAGGGAGGGCGGGAUGAACGGAGGCAUGAGAGAUCGCCAAAAGGAAGUUGAAGGAACGUAUGCGAAAAUAGGACGUAGGGAAGAGGACUUUGAGGAGGAGGAAGAGGAGAGCGAGAACAAGAGCAUGGACACAGAUCCAGACACAUUGAGGGAUGAGGAGGAGAACGGCGAGCACUCGAUGGACGAUAGUUCUUUUGACGGGAAAACAGAAACCAAAUCGGAUCACGAGGACAACAUGGAGGACGGCAUGUAAUAAAACUACUGCAUUUAAAAAGCUUCCCAUCUUACUUUUCUGUUCAGUAUUGUUACCUGCUUGGUUUUAACGCUGCUGUGUUGAAGCUGUACAUGCACGUGCCUGGAAGCUUCUAGGAAGCUUUGUAUUGAAGGACUCAAGGGGUGGUGGUUGUAUAUGUCUGCCCGAAGGAGACAUUGAUUUGAAGUUUGAUUUU